AUGCGCAUGCCAGGUUCCCGCGCUAUGGUCCACCAGGCCACCACCCCCACCGCUCCCACUGACGCACUCUCCAGUCGUCUCUCAACUUCCCUUCGCUCAUUCAACGUUCACGCCCGUGCCUGCUCCGCUUGCAUCGAUCCCUACGCCGUUCACAAGUCGCCCAGCCGUCAGCUCUGCGACGUCGGCCACCAGCUUGCUACUGAGAUUGCCGUUAACCUUUACGACAAGGCGCGCUCUACCACCGGCGGUGUCAUCGAGGUGUCUUUCCCCGAGGGUUGGGAGUCAGUCGAUGGCCUCAUCCGCGCAAUCACCCACAAGUUGCAGGGAAAGCCUUCUAACUGCGUCGACGUCAAUGUCUACGACGCGUUGAGGACCAGCAGAGAGAGGGUCCAGUACAUUCCAGCAGCUACUCCUACUUCUUCUUCACCUCCACCAGUCAACAGGGGCUCGGCAUACGCGCGUGAUGUCUCUCACAGGAGCGGAAGCGGGCGAAGGGGCAGCAUGGACCCCAGGAGGACUUCGUCUUUGAGCUUGGUUGAGGCUACUCCCAUUCCUUCCUCAAGGAGGUCGCCUUCACCAAGAAGGAUUGAGGGUGCGGAGCAGCAGUUGAGCUCCAGCCCAAGGAGCAGCGGGAGGAGCGUCGCCUUCAACCCCCAGGUCCAGACUAGAUACUUCUAG